GUAUUUUGUUACUACAGCUUUCAGGGCCCGCGAAGGCGGACGAUUCUAAAGAGCCUCCCCAAGCCUUCCGAGAGUUUCGAAAUUUAGGAAACAAUAAAAUGGAGAAUGAUAAUCCAAGAUUCAAAAUGUUUAAUCCAAAUCAAAACGAACAAAUCAGGAAGAGAGAUAUGUAUGGAAAAAAUGGUCCACAGGAUGAAGAUCAAAACAAAGAGACUGCCCAACUGCCCGGUCUCCAGAUCACUGCACAAGAUGGCGAGCUCCUAGACAAGCACGACAGCUUCUAUAUUACCACCAAGAGCCUGCUGGUUCUGUUUCAGAUCAUGGGCAUCAUGCCCAUAAUGAGGGAGCCGAAAGAUGCACAGACUACCAAGCGGACUACAUACAAAUGGAUUUCAAAAGCAACAUUUUGGGCCUAUCUUGUGUGGUCUCUUGAAUCAAUCAUCGUAGUAAAAGUUGGGAAAGAGCGCUAUGAAAAUUUUCAAAAAAGUUCUAACAAGCGUUUUGACGAGGUGAUCUACAAUAUUAUUUUUCUGAGCAUCCUUAUUCCGCAUUUCCUUUUGCCCAUCGCAUCGUGGCGGCAUGGCCCGCAGGUUGCUAUAUUUAAAGACAUGUGGACUCACUAUCAGCUAAAGUACCUAAAGAUCACAGGGACCCCGAUAGUAUUCCCGAACCUCUACUCCCUGACGUGGGGGUUGUGUUUCUUCUCAUGGGGUCUGAGUUUCGCCGUCAUACUGUCCCAGCACUACUUGCAGGAUGAUUUCGAGCUGUGGCACUCUUUAGCUUAUUACCAUAUCAUUGCCAUGUUAGAUGGAUUUUGUUCACUGUGGUACAUCAAUUGUAACGCAUUUGGUACAGCAUCUAAAGGCUUAGCCCAAAACCUACACAAGGCCCUAGAGGCCGACCAUCCGGCCCUGAUGCUCGCUCAGUACCGCCAUCUCUGGGUUGACUUGUCGCACAUGAUGCAGCAACUGGGUCGGGCGUAUUCAAACAUGUACGGCAUUUAUUGCAUGGUCAUAUUUUUCACAACCACCAUUUCGUUGUACGGCGCGCUGUCGGAGAUAUUGGAGCACGGUUUGAGCUACAAGGAGAUGGGCUUGUUCGUUAUUGUCGGCUAUUGCAUGACUUUGUUGUUCAUUAUAUGCAAUGAGGCGUACCAUGCGUCCAGAAAGGUUGGCCACGAAUUCCAAGUGCGGCUCCUUAAUGUGAACCUCGGAGCCAUCGACCACAGCACGCAACUCGAGGUAGAGAUGUUCUUAGUGGCCAUCGCCAAGAACCCACCAAUUAUGAACCUGGACGGUUUCACUAAUAUAAACCGCGAAUUAUUUACUACGAACAUAUCCUUUAUGUCGACGUACCUGAUCGUGCUGAUGCAAUUUAAGCUCACAUUGCUCCGACAAGGCGCACGGAAAGCUGUCAGGUCGAUCGUGAAGGCCAUCUUCAACACCACCACCAUGUUACCUGACGAGGAAUAUGAAGACGACGAAUAAAAUAUACC